AUGGAUAGCAAUUCCGUGUCACCGAUGCCGGAACUAGCGCCGAUAGCGGAAUUCGACAAGUCGCCGCCGUCACCGCCCAACGAAGAGGUGCCAAUGGACGACUUGCCACCUCCACCAGCUACUAUCUCUCAGGCGGAAGGGAAGAAACUUAAAAUACAUAGAAAACAUUAUUCGGAUGAGCACGAGCGAGGCGCUUGUGAGUGGUGCGAGUAUGCGCUCGUUAUCACUCUGGCCACGAUUCUGCUCAUUGGCGUGUCAGCGCUCACCAUCUUCUGGACGUUCUUCUACAGAGAAGGCUAUGCCUGGGCUGACGAACUCCCUGAAAAGCAGUUCAACCUGCAUCCUACACUUAUGGUGGCCGGUUUCAUUACUUUCAGCGGAUUUUCGGUCCUGCUCUACCGUAUCUGCCGUUGCUUCAGACGAAUCUACGUAAAAUUGCUGCAUGCGAUAUUCCACGCUUUGGCGUUCCCCUGCAUAGUUAUCGGAUUCCUCGCCGUUCUCGAUUUCCAUAACAAGAAAGGCAUUAACAACUUCUACUCACUUCAUAGCUGGAUAGGCUUCGUAGCUAUGGGACUCUUUGGAAUCCAGUAUGUCGUCGGUUUCUUCAGCUUCCUCCUGCUAUUGAUCUGUAACAAGGGAACUGCGAACUUCCGUGCUUCAUUGGUGCCAAUUCACGCUGCUUUUGGUAUUCUGACAUUUGUUCUCGGAGUAUGUGCUUGUCUUACUGGACUUACUGAGAAGGCUCUCUUUACCCUUGGUGCGGAACGGUACAGCGGGCUGCCUGACGAAGGAGUGAUCAUCAACGCUAUCGGUGUUGCCAUCAUAGCCAUACUUGCAGUCGUCAUGUAUAUUGUAUCGAGGAAUAAGUUCAAAGCAGAUUCCCGUGACAUGAGAGCCUCAGUUGAUUUGUAAAAUUGUAAAAAUAUAAUAAUAGAUCUAGGGCGUAGCUACCCUAUGGAACUCUCGAGAAACCUGCCAAAUUGGGAAAUUCGAAACCCUUUUAUGUUUAACUGCAAUGAAACAAAAAGUCCUUUCCUAUAACAUUUUGAAACGUAGUUUAUAUUAAGGACUAGCUACGUAACUGAAUUGAAUCGGCAUUUUGGUAACACUGCGUGUCUAUAUAUUAAUACACAGUUUAAUUAUUAACUUUUGUAACUUCAUCUAAACAAUACUGAAAACUGAGGUGAUAUAAUUAUAGGGAAAAAAAAAUGUACAUAUAAUAUUUUGUAAUGACAUUAAAUUUACAUACUAAAGAAAUAGCUUCAAUUAAAUAUACAUACAAUUACACUACAUCUAGUACUCUAUUUUUUUUUUUCUUAUAUUAAAUAUGCGUUUAUUUUUGUAAGCUUUUAUAAUAAAAUAAUAAAUUAUAGUUAAGCUCUGUUAGGGAUAGUAGUUUGAAAGGCGUUUUAAGAUUACGAUGAAAAGUACCUACGUAUGUACAAAUAUGGAGGCUUUUACUAUUAUACGAUUGAUUCGGUCUGCAUCAGACCAAAAAUAUAUUUUUUUAUCAAUAAGACUUAGAUUA